GGCCCCGCCCCCGGGCUCACACAACGUUGUCUGCGGCCUUCUGUUUGGACAGAGGAGCCACGGCUGCGGAAGAAUGGAUCGUGCAGCGGUUGGCUUCUCGGAGGAGCAGUUCCGGGAGGCCUGCGCCGAGCUCCAGCAACCUGCGCUGGCCGGGGCCAACUGGCAGUUGCUGGUUGACACUUUGGGCAUCAGUAUCUACCGGCUGCUGGACCAGCAGUCUGGGCUAUAUGAGUAUAAAGUCUUUGGUGUCCUGGAGGAUUGUCCACCAGCUCUACUUGCAGAUAUCUAUAUGGACUUAGACUACCGAAAAAAGUGGGACCAGUAUGUUAAAGAACUCUAUGAAAAAGAAUGCGAUGGUGAGACCGUGGUCUACUGGGAAGUGAAGUACCCUUUCCCCAUGUCCAACAGAGAUUAUGUCUAUGUGCGGCAGCGGCGAGAGCUGGAGUUGGAAGGGCAGAAGGUCUAUGUGAUCCUGGCCCAGAGCACCUCCGUGCCUCAGUUAGCUGAGAAAUCUGGCGUGAUCCGGGUGAAGCGCUACAAACAGAGUCUGGCCAUUGAGAGUGAUGGCAAGAAGGGGAGCAAAGUCUUCAUGUAUUACUUUGAUAACCCGGGUGGCCAGAUUCCGUCAUGGCUCAUUAACUGGGCCGCCAAGAAUGGAGUCCCUAACUUCCUGAAGGACAUGGCCAAAGCCUGUCACAACUACCUCAAGAAAACCUAAGGAAAGGCCUGGG